GCGGAGCGGGCGGGCGGCGAGGUUUGAAACGCCGAGCGGCGGCGAGGGGCAGCGGGGCCGGAGCGGUGAGAGGGGCGGUCGGUGGUAGCUGCGCUUCCCUGUGUGAGGCACCAUGGCACAAGCACUUGCCUCCCCAGGGCUGUUUUCUGACGAUGAGGCUGCGGUCUCCCCUGUGCUCGAGUCCACAGCAGCAGGGUUCGGGGUUGACGUGCGCAAGGACCUGCUGCCGGAGUUCUCUGCCAUCUCCCCAAACCUGGAGGGCUCGCAGGCCGUAGCUGAAGACAAUAAUGGAAAAAUAAGGGUCUACCUCAGAGUUCGACCUCUGAAAUCUACAGAAGUGGAAAAGGGGGAAGACCAGGGCUGUGUCUGUAUUGAGAACUCAGAAACCCUUAUUCUAAAAGCUCCAAAGAAUUCCUUCACCAUGCGGAGCACAGAGCGAGGAGUGGGACAAGCAGUGCACAGAUUCUCCUUCACCCGGAUUUUUGGACCAGAGGUGGGACAGAAGUUGUUCUUUGAUGAGACAAUGAAACAGGUGGUAAAGGAUGUGCUGAGUGGGCAGAACUGUCUGGUUUACACCUAUGGCAUCACCAAUUCAGGGAAGACUCACACGAUUCAGGGCACCACCCAAGAUGGGGGGAUUCUGCCUCGCUCCUUGGCCACCAUCUUCAACAGUGUGGGGGACCGGCUGUACCAGGCCAUGGACCUGAAGCCUGCUCUGUCCAACGAGGUGACCUGGCUGGACAGCAGGCAGGUGCGGCAGGAGGAGACCAAGAAGCAGAUGCUGCUGCAGGGGGGUCUCUGGGAGGAGGAGCUGCUAACGCCCCUGAAGAGGAGUCACAGCGCUGAAUCCCAGCUCCAGGCCACCACCAGCGGCAGUUUUGACAGUGGAGUUGCUGGUCUGUCUUCGUCCAGCCAACUCACCAACCGUUCGGACUUCAGCCAGACAGAAGAACCAGACCCCUGCUGGGCUGACUUGGAUCGUGUUUCACUCACCAGCACAGGAGAUGUGCAGUUCUCCAUCUGGGUCUCCUUCUUUGAGAUCUACAACGAGUUAAUCUAUGACUUGUUAGAACCAGCUGUACCUGGGCAGAACCGCAAGCGGCAAACUCUGCGGCUCUGCGAGGACCAGACUGGCAACCCCUACGUGAAAGAUCUGAACUGGAUCAAUGUCCAGGAUGCCGAUGAGGCCUGGAAGCUCCUGAAACUGGGUCGGAAAAACCAGAGUUUUGCGAGCACCCACAUGAACCAGAACUCCAGUCGUAGUCACAGUGUGUUCUCCAUUCGGAUUCUGCACUUGAAAAGAGGUGGCAGUGAAGUUGUUCCAAAAAUCAGCGAGCUGUCCCUGUGUGACCUGGCGGGGUCUGAGCGCUGCAAGGACCAGAAAAGCGGGGACCGAAUGAAAGAAGCCAACAACAUCAACACCUCCCUGCACACCCUGGGCCGCUGCAUCGCCGCCCUCCGCCAGAACCAGCAGGCCAGGACAAAGCAGGCGGUGGUUCCGUUCCGGGACAGCAAACUGACCCGCGUGUUCCAGGGCUUCUUCACCGGGCGCGGGCGCUCCUGCAUGAUCGUCAACAUCAACCAGUGUGCGUCCACCUACGAUGAGACUCUGUACGUAGCCAAGUUCUCAGCCAUUGCCAGCCAGCUUGUUCAGGCACCCCCCACAAAGCUGGGACUUCCAUCCUUACAAUCCAUCAUCAAAGAACACAACAGGCGAACCAGCCAGGGUCCAGAGGCAGAGCCAGAGGAAGAUGUGGAAUCAGAAGAAGACACUGAGGAUGAGGCAGAUGUCUCCAUGUAUGAGAAGAAGGACUUGCUGCGGGUGGUCGAAGCUGCACGAGAGCUGCUGGUGCAGGAGCGGCAGAAGAAGCUGCAGCUUGAGAUGCGCCUGCGCGAGGAGAUCUGCAAUGAGAUGCUGGAGCACAUGCAACAGAAGGAGCAGUGGUGGAGCCAACACGUGGAUGCUCAGAGAGAGCAGCUGGAGGAACUGUAUGAGGGUAAAAUGACCAUCCUGAAGGAGUUACUGACUGACCACUACCAGGAGAAGAUGCAGGAGCGUGACGAGGAGAUCUUGGAGCUCAAAGCUGCUCUGCAGGAGACCAAACAAAAACUGGAGAGCUUGGAUACCAAACAAAAGGACUCAGAGCAAAGCGUACGUCGAUCCAAGCGAGUGGCCACCUCAUCUGCUCUGCAGCAGGAGCUGGCAGACACCAAAGCCAGGCUGGAGCAGUGUCAAAAGGAGUUGAAUUCCACAAGCACAGAGUUGCGCAAGUACCAGAAAUUAGUGGAGCCACCUCCCUCUGCUAAACCCAUUACCAUGGAUGUGGACAGGAAGCUGGAGGAUGGACAGAAGAACGUCAGACUGCUGCGUUCAGAGUUACAAAAGAUUGGGGAGUCUCUCCAGGCUGCAGAGCGGGCGUGCUGCCACAGCACAGGGGCAGGGAAGCUGCGAGAAGCCCUGGGCACGUGUGAUGACAUCCUGGCAAGACAGGACCAGACCCUGGCAGAGCUGCAGAACAACAUGAUGCUGGUGAAGCUGGACCUGCGCAAGAAGGCGGCCUGCAUCGCUGAGCAGUACCACACGGUGCAGAAGCUGCAGGCGCCGCCAACGUCCGCCCUCAAGAAACGCUUCUGCGCCAACAGGGAAAACCUGCAGCCCAAUCAGCCUCCUGGCAAAAAGCCCUUCCUGCACAACAUCCUGACACGUUCAGCCACCCGUCCUGUGGCUGCCAGAGGGUGGCAACUCCGUUCAGUUGCUCUGUGACUUUUCAAAAGGAGGUGCCUGCCCUGCUACUACUGGAACAGGUGGCAAAUCCAAUAUGAUAGCCUCUGGUUUUCAUUGUGCGCUUGUUUAUUGUUAUCGUAGCUGCUUGAGAACUUAUGUAAACAUCUCUGCAUAUGUAUGUU